AUAAUAUUUCAGACGAUAUUUAUUGUUUUCUAUAUGUUAUUUGCACCGUUGUGUGGAUAUUUGGGUGAUCGAUUCAGUAGGAAAUUCAUUAUGACUGUUGGAUUGUCGGUGUGGAUAUGUGCCGUGUUCGCAUCAACUUUGGUACCGUCGAACUGCUUUUGGUUAUUUGUACUGUGUCGUGGUGUUGUUGGAAUUGGUGAAGCGUCCUAUUCAACGGUAGCACCGACCCUGAUUGCUGACAUGUUCACUGGUAAUCGACGUAGCACAUCGUUGAUGGUGUUUUAUUUCGCGAUCCCUGUUGGAAGUGGUUUGGGUUAUAUGGUUGGUUCGAAUGUAUCGAUGUUGGCUGGCUCAUGGGAAUGGGGUGUCCGUGUCACACCGUUGCUGGGAAUUUUUUGUGUGAUGCUGAUUUGGUUUGUUCUGGAUGAUCCGAUACGUGGUAACGCAGAGAGUGCAAUCUUGGAAGAGUCAUCGUUAUACGAUGACAUCAAAUAUUUGACCAAAAUACCUACCUAUCUGUUGUGUACACUCGGCUUUACAUCAGUUGUAUUCGUGACUGGUUGUCUGUCGUGGUGGACACCAAGCUUAAUUCAGCAUACGUGGGCGAUGCAUCACGGUACAUCUCAUGUUCCUAGCGAUGUGAAAGCCGAGUACGGUUCUAAUUUGUUUGUAAUCGUUUUCAUUUAUCAUAUUGCAGUGUUCGCAUUUACUAUAUGUUUAUAUACCAGCAUGGAGUUGUUACAUUGCCUCCCUCAUUCUAUCAUUUCGACAAAAAUUNAAUUGCAGAAUUUCGUUGAUGUUUGGUUUGAUCACAUGUUCGGCGGGUUUCAUUGGCGUUGGAGUUGGUUCCUGGUUUGCUCAGGUAUCGUUGUACUCGUUUCAAUUCUGAGUUUACCGUUUAUAAAUGGCGCAAAGGAUGUUUGUGUUUGA